CGUUGUUUGUCUCCAUGUGUAUAACGUUCGAAAAGUCAAAAAACUAAAAAACCGAUUUGAUUUGGUUAAUUUAAUUGAUUUUGAUUUUGAUUGAUCGAUCGUUGCCGAAAAUGUCAGUCACAUUGCAUACAGAUUUGGGCGAUAUUAAAUUGGAAUUGUUUUGUGAAAAAUGUCCAAAAACAUGUGAGAAUUUCUUAGCACUUUGUGCCAGCGAUUAUUAUAAUGGAUGUAUAUUUCAUCGUAAUAUUAAAGGAUUUAUGGUACAAACAGGUGAUCCAACUGGUACCGGUAAAAAUGGUCAAAGUAUUUGGGGAAAAAAAUUCGAUGAUGAACUACAUGAAGAUCUAAAACAUUCACAACGUGGUAUUGUUUCGAUGGCCAAUAAUGGUCCUAAUACUAAUGGAUCACAAUUUUUUAUUACUUAUGCUGGUCAAUCACAUUUAGAUCUUAAAUAUACAAUUUUUGCCAAACUAAUCGAUGGAAUGGAUACAUUGAAUGAUUUGGAAAAAUUACCUGUUAAUCCAAAAAAUUAUCGACCAUUAAAAGAUGUUCAUCUAAAUUGUGUAACAAUACAUGCAAAUCCAUUUGCCGAUCCAAAUGUUGCACAAUAAUUUUUCGAAAAAAAAGAAUGUUCUUUUUUCUUAUCGUCAUUUCAACAUUCGAAUUCAAAGAAAAACCAAAAAAAAAAAACAUAGAAUUCACUGAGUUUUAAUUAUGCAAAAACAAU